AUGAGAGAGACACGCACUGCUUCCACAAAGACCUAUACACUUAGCGAUGACACCGCACCAGGGUAUGCCACAGAGGAUCUCCUUGGAGAGGCCAUCCGUGCCUCAGGCGUGCCUCGCUCUGCAUUUACAGUCGUGACCAAGCUUCUCCAAACCCAGCAUCACGAUCCUGAGGCUUCGUUCCGCGAGUCCCUGGCAAAGCUUGACGUCGGCUACAUUGAUAUUUUCCUCCUCCACUGGCCCAAUGCUUCGGGCCCAGACGGGAGGUGGAGGGGCAUUGACGAAAGACCGACGUUCGUGGAGACAUAUAAGAAGAUGGAAAAGCUCGUCGGCCCUAAGUGCAGGAGUCUGGGUGUUUGUAGCCUUUCGCAGAAAUCAAUGGAUGUGCUGUUGAAGGAGUGCACGGUCAAGCCGGUCAUCAAUCAGAUUGAAGUGCAUCCGUUCAAUCCAAGUCUGAAGCUUGUGCCGUAUUGCCUGGACAAGGGAAUUCAGGUGAUCUCUUGGGGACCGUUAGGUGGUGGACCGAAGAGCCUCUACUUCGAUACUUCGUCCAUGUACAACCACAAAACCCUGACCUCGCUUGCAUCUCGAUAUAAUGUCAGUAUCGAAUUGAUCAUGAUAUCCUGGCUGGUUCAGCGUGGGAUCGUUCCGAUUCCACAUUCGGCCUCGCGCGCCCGGAUGGACGAUAAUCUGUCCCCGGUUUCCUUGACGGACGAGGAGGUGGGGCAGAUCAACGACGUUCAUAAGGAGAUCGGGCAGCGUAGGUUGAUUGACUCUGUCGGAUUUGUUUGGGGGGAUGUUCCUGGAAAGGGACGUGCGAUUAUGGGGUGGACUGUGCAGGAAAUGGGAUGGGAGGACGCAGAGGGCAAUUAUAAUUUCCGAAUCUGCCGCGUAUUGGAACCCAUGACUUCCAACGAAAUGCGUGCUCAAGAGCAAGAGGGGAUCAGCUAG